UCGCGUCGAGUGGCCCACCCCGAGGAGUACCUCCCCGGCGCGAUGAGGAUCCAGGCCAGGAUCGGCCACCUGUUGCGUCCGAGUCGGAGCACCCUUCGACGGGGAAGGGAACUCUACACGGAGGCGAUCACCCCUGCGACGAGUUUGGAGGCGAGAAUCGCCUCCUCGGAUGCGAAACCGUACGCCGAGGUCCCGGGUCCCUGUCCCGUUCCCAUCCUGGGGAACUCCUGGAGACUCUUCCCGGUUAUCGGCCAGUACACCAUCUCCGACACGGCCAAGAUCUGCGGGGUCUUCUACGAGGAGUACGGGAAGAUCGUCAAGCUGACCGGUCUGAUCGGGAGACCCGACCUGCUCUUCGUCUACGAUGCCGACGAGAUCGAGAGGGUGUACCGACAGGAAGGACCCACGCCCUUCAGGCCCUCCAUGCCCUGUCUCGUGCAGUACAAGAGUCAAGUCAGGAAGGACUUUUUCGGAGACCUGAAAGGGGUCGUCGGAGUGCACGGGGAAUCCUGGAGGGAAUUUCGGACACGCGUCCAGAAACCCGUUCUCCAGCCUCAGACGGUCAGGAAGUACAUAGCUCCGAUCGAGGUGGUUACGAGGGACUUUAUGCACAGGAUCGAGGAAAUAAAGGCGGAGGACGACGAGGUGCCGGGGGACUUCGACAACGAGGUCCACAAGUGGGCCCUCGAGUGCAUCGGUCUGGUGGCUCUCGACGUGAGGCUCGGAUGCCUGGGGAGAGAUUUGUCCCCGGAUUCGGAACCCCAGAAGAUCAUCGAUGCCGCCAAGUACGCCCUGAGGAACGUCGCCGUUUUGGAAUUGAAGGCGCCCUACUGGAGGUACAUCAGGACUCCACUCUGGACCCGAUACGUCCGCAACAUGGAUUACUUCGUUGAGAUAUGCACGAAACACAUCGACGUAGCGAUGGAGAGGCUCAAGAAGAAGAAAGCCGUCGACGAGAUGGACCUCUCCUUGGUCGAGCGAAUCCUGGCGAACGAGUCCGAUCCAAAAAUCGCCUACAUCCUUGCCCUGGAUUUGAUCUUAGUCGGCAUAGACACGAUCUCGAUGGCCAUCUGCUCGAUCCUGUACCAAUUGGCGAGUCGACCCGAGGAGCAGGAGAAGGUCUACCAGGAACUGCGAGAGGUCAUUCCCGACCCCUCGACUCCUCUCACGACGGCACAUCUCGACCGAGCGAUUUACAUGAGAGCUUUCAUCCGGGAAGUAUUUAGAGUCUACUCCACCGUCAUCGGGAACGGGAGGACUCUCCAGAAGGACACCGUCAUUUGCGGUUACAAGAUACCAAAAGGAGUGCAGGUCGUCUUCCCGACUCUCGUCACGGGGAACAUGGAGGAGUACGUGACCGACGCCAAAACGUUCAAGCCUUCGAGGUGGCUCACCAAGGAAACCGCCAACCAGAAGAUCCAUCCCUUUGCUUCGCUUCCUUAUGGCUACGGAGCUCGCAUGUGUCUGGGAAGGAGGUUUGCCGACCUGGAGAUGCAAGUUCUACUUGCGAAGCUGAUCCGUACGUACAAAUUGGAGUACCAUCAUGAGCCUUUGAAGUACAAGGUCACGUUUAUGUACGCUCCUGAUGGCGAUCUGAAGUUGAAGUUAAUUAAAAGAUAA